AUGCGUAUCGGUUUUGUGAUAUAUUGGUGCGUUCUUGCAUUUCAUCUGUGUGAAGCUGAGGAUACAGAGAGGACAGAUUCAAAAGAAAAUGGUCGAAGACCACAAUGGGGACCAGGUUCUCGUAGUGGCUCAUUUGUGAGCGACGCAGUCAUAUCGGUGUCCAAUGAUCAAAUUCUACUGGAGGCGUGCAACAACGAACCAGUUUGCCUGCAAGACCGCGCCGGCUUGGAGGCAAUAACCCAGCUCCAUCGCCAGCUGGAUGAUGACGCCAAUGGAAACGUCGACCUGAGCGAGAGCGACGAUUUUCUUCGUGAAGAGUUACAAUAUGACAGCGGUUACGAGAAGCGCCAACGCGCUUUCCACCACAACGACGAUAUGCACAUCUCCGUUAAGGAGCUGUGGGAGGCAUGGCUCCGAUCUGAGGUUCACAAUUGGACCACGGAGCAAACGGUCGAGUGGUUGUCCGAAUCAGUUGACUUGCCCCAAUACAAAACAGUCUUCCUGCAACACAGGGUCACUGGAGCAACUUUACCUAGGUUGGCAGUCAAUAACAUGCAGUACUUGAGCAACGUGCUUGGCAUCAAGGAUCCCAUACACAAACAGAAACUGGCCUUGAAGGCCAUGGACGUCGUGCUCUUUGGACCUCCUAAAGAAGGCAGUAGAUGGAAAGACUGGCUACUGGCGUCGUUGCUCCUGGGCGCGGUCGUCGGUGGGUGGGCAGCGCUGCGAGCCGGCCGCGCCAGUCGCACUCAGGUGCAGAGGAUGCUGCGCGAUAUGGAGCAGCUGAGGAAGGCCGAGAUGGCGCUCGACGACAUGCAGAAGGAGCUAGAGAAGGCUCGCAUAGAACAGGAAAGCGUCACAACCGAAAAACGCAACUUAGAGAUGAAAUUAAGAGAAGCCGGAGACACGCCAUUACUGAAUUCUGCCUCUUCGGACUUGGAGAUGUCGCAACUUAAAGCUGAGAUAGAGAUGCUAAGAGCGGAAUUGCGUCGCGCUGAAGGUGAGCUGGAGGAUCGCUGCUGGGCGCCUCCUCCAGGAUUACAACAAUGGCUGCAGCUUACGCACGAGGUUGAGAAUCGUGCGUACCUACGCAAGAAGCAACAAGCCGAUCUGCAGUUGCAACAGGCAAGGGAAGCCUGUGAGAAACUACGUAAGAAGCGGUCUAGCCUGGUGGGUGCUUUCGUUUCAACUCACGGCAAGUCCAUAGACGAGGUCGACCGAUCGAUCGUCGAAGCCCGCACAGCACUGAAUGAAGUCACUCAGGAAUUACAAGAGCGAAUGCACCGAUGGAAGCAGAUCGAACGCUUGUGCGGCUUCAACAUUAUAAACAAUAACGGGCUGCAAUAUCUGGAAAGCACUCUCUACAGGGCUGCUAAUGGAAGACCGACCGGGAGGGUUCGCAUGAGCAGCUCUCAAGACGACUUGAGUGUCGGUGAUGACAUGUCUAUUUGCGGCUCCGCGGCUGACAAUUUCGGCUGGCGCGAGGACUCUUCGGGAAGCGAAGAACACGACGCACCCCAUUAUCCACUAGAUCUGAGACUCGCUGAAGCCAGGUUGCAACUGGAAGAGCGCUUAGCGCAAGAAGCACGCGAGAAAUCGCGAGAGGACAGGCGGGAAGAGGAUAGAAGAUCUCUGUACGAUAGAUCGAGGGGGUCUUACGGAGAUGUUCGAAAGAGUCCAAUGGAUGAUAAGAAGAAGGAGCCGGUGCAAUUCGUGCUCGGAGGAGAUAACGUCAAUUGGACUGGGGAAGAUUUGACACGGGCAAUCCAUUCCCAAUCUCAACCCCAGUUACGUGCUUCCAUGCGCAGCAUAGCUGGCGCCCCCCUUCCGCCCCCGCGGCGACCAUUUUCCUCAGGACAAAUUGUCCGUUCACGUAGCACUGACAUAGUCCCAACAAAUCCAGAUGACCCCAGACCUCCACCUAGAAACCCUUUCUCCCGACAAAAGGCUUUACCCGAAGUUAGCCAAAAUUCGGAUGGCGCCACACCAUCCAGCAAUACUCCUCCCGAAGAAGAAUCCACAGACUCAUCUCUUAUGGACGACGAGGGAUUACCAAAGCCGCGGAAGAGGCGUAUACACCUUCCCUUCGGCAAAAAAGCAAAGACUCCCGCGUGA